CCUCCGACGGUCACUCCGACCAGUGUCAUCGUAGAGUUUAGACCUUGAUUGACGUGCCGCCGCUGGUGCUGGUGAUCUUGUGCAAAGAUGGGAAAUGAUUCUUCACUGCCAAUGGAGAUGUGCUCCAACUUUGAUGCGGAUGAGAUCCGGCGGCUGGGCAAGAGGUUCCGUAAGCUGGACUUGGACAACUCUGGGUUGCUGAGUGUUGAGGAGUUCAAGUCCUUACCUGAGCUACAACAAAAUCCACUUGUCCAAAGGGUCAUCGAUAUAUUUGAUGCCGAUGGCAAUGGAGAAGUUGACUUUAAAGAGUUCAUACAAGGCAUGUCACAGUUCAGCGUCAAAGGUGACAAAGAGAGCAAGAUGCGGUUUGCGUUCCGCAUCUACGACAUGGACAACGAUGGGUACAUCACCAAUGGCGAGCUCUUCCAGGUUCUGAAGAUGAUGGUGGGCAACAACCUGGAGGACACGCAACUUCAGCUGAUCGUCGACAAAACUGUGCUCUUUGCCGACAAGGACGAAGAUGGCAAGAUCAGUUUCGAGGAGUUCUGCACUGUCGUUGAAAACAUAGACGUUCAUAAAAAGAUGGUAGUUGACGUCUAGAUGGAGGACUUGUUCUCAAUGCAGCAAAAUUCUUCAUCUUGACUUCCUUUCAUUUUUAUUCAUCUUUUCUCUGAUCCGAACAGAUCAAGUCUUCGACCAUCCCUGAUCCUAUCCUGAUGCCAGGACAUCAAUCCGAAAAAUUCAUUCUCCAAAGUGUCCAUUUCUAAAAAUGUAUAUAUUUUUGAAUAACGCAGCGAAAUGAAACAUGUUUUAUUACACUACCAUAUAUUACCAGCAAUUCAAAUUUAUUGUUACUCAUUGUAGUCUUCAGUGUUUGGGAUUUUUAUUGCCUCGCGACUUACGAAUAUUUUUUAUCUUAUAGAACUUUCUUCCUCGUUCAAACUUCAAUUGAUGCAAAAGUGGCCCAAAAAAUGCCGAUAUUGCAAUCAUUUCGCCUAUCAAGCGCACAUUUUCUGUUAAGAGUCAGGUGGAGCGGUCGCUGAACGCCGCAUCGAGCCCACACGGCCUCACGCGGUUAAAAUUUCUCAGCCAGGCUCUGCCUUCUAACGUCUGGCUGCACAUUCCCCUCCUCCACUCCCCCUCCUCUACAUUUUUAAUCAGCGAGCGACAUACUACUAAUUUUUCUACGAAAUUGAACUCUAUUAUCAAAUUGGUUGUUUUCUCACUAAUAACCUUUCUGACAAUACGUAUCCAUAAUUUACGGCAAUGCCUUGUUGUGAUAAAACAACCAAGUUAAGUUAGGCCGUUUCAUAAAAGCACGGGGGCGGGGAAAGCGAUUUAUUGGUGAACGAAUUAAUUGUUAAAGUAAUUGUGCUGGAUAUUAUACCUAUGUGUGUGACAUAAUAUUUUCGGCAUGCAGGUCUUUCAUUGGCAUGUGUGUAACUUUCAUAGCCUCAAAGUUACGUAGAUAAUUUUCGGGUUGUGUUCUCACCUAUCUUCUAUAACUAUAAUGUGAUGAGUUGUUUCUAGGAAUUCUGCGUAGAUGAAUGAAGAUUAUAAGUAUCUAUCCUGAAACGAAAAUUUAUAAACGGUAUACUCGCGCAACGCGUGCCGAGAAUGUGAUCGUCAAACGGAUGACUUGGUUUGUGCCGGUGGCGUGCGUUCAUGUGAGAGUCUUUAUCAAUUGAUCGGCUUAUGACGAGUGCGAUGGCUCAUCAAUCAAUGUGUUAAGUAGUCCUAUCCAUUCAGUUGGCAGUCAAUAUCUGCAGUAAACAGUUCCUCAUAAUGCGCUAUCCCUGCUGCUCGUUAAACGAAAGCCUUCUUAAAUAUGGCCGUGCCACCACACGUUGUCUUCAUAAUGCCACUCAAUAGUAUUCUUAAGCUCAUUUACGUCAUUAUAUUGGACUUAUUCCUGGGAAUUGACGCGAUGGCUCUGUAUUUAUCUGAUGCCAAGUUAUGGCCCUCAUCCGCUCUUAAUUCUCUCGCAUGUCCGCCCUCACGAAGCCAGGUGGGCGUGUUUGGAUGCCGCAUCGGAAGCUCGCUUCGUUGUUUGCCUCUGCUCCAUUUGGGGAAUUGCCAACUUCCUAUUUUUAUUCAGGUUAAACUCAUUCAUGUGAAGAAAUCGUACGUUUUUACUAGUUGUUUCAUGUUAAUUAUGUAAAUGAAUGGAAUUGAUUAACUUUAUUGAUAUAUAGACAAACGUUUUUUUUGUGGAUUCGUUAGUAUAUCUUGCAAUUGUAUUUUGAAGCUGUCCAUCAUCCUAGCUUUCAUCAUAAUUUAUUUUUUCAAAAUGAAGUUGAGGAAACAUGCGAAAACCAUGGAUUUCUUUGCUAUUGCCUCCUGAAUUUUUGGGAAACUGCGAUGUAAUGUGCAAUUUGCGUGAUCACCAAUGCAUACCUUGAUGACUUGCAACGUAACAUUCCCAAUUUGUGUGAGAUUCGUUUUUAGUACUUUUUUUGCUUACUCUCAAUGCAAAAGUUAUAUGUGAAAUGUGUUCGCAAACCAGCGGAAUGGAAACUAUUUAAUAAUGUGAUGAGUUGUUUUUUAGGAAUUCUGCGGAGAUGAAUGAAGAUUAUAAGUAAAGUAGGGAUGAAUUAUAGGGGAUAAGGAAUAGGGAUGAAUGAAUUAUAAGUAAAGUAGGGAUGGAGGGAUGAAUAACAAUUAAUCCCUCUGGACUUGGCGUCAUCGAGUUACGACGCUCUGCCUCCUUAGUGGCUCUAAAUAACCUGCCGAUGAUGCCGUGUGUGCGUAUGGAAACUAAUGGCCUCUACAUUAUCAUCAUCUCCCCUAACCUUGAGAUUGAUAGACUUGUUAUAGUCUCGUUUUACGAGCUUCUGCUUAGGCUUCUUUUUUUGACAGCAAUCUCUCUGAAUACCGCGACUGGUUGCCGUCUGAAGCUCAGGCAAACGCACUUCUUUCGCCAAUUGUAUGAACAGUUUGAAGAUAAUUUUCCAUGUUUUUAAAAUUAUUUUUCCUUUUUUACAUUCU